AUGCCUUUUAUUAAGGAUGGUGAAAUCGUAAGAGUUCCGGAUUCAACGGUUUACACAGCUGUUCAAAACAGUUUACAAAACAUUUUAGCGAAUAUCUUUAAUUCAGAAACUACAGAAAUAAAAUUACCAUAUAUAACAGAUGCUAAAGAAAUUAAAUCAAAAACGACAACAUUAUUUACGUCACUUAAUGAUUUAAUGACUUAUAUCAUUAAUAUUCCUGCACCAACUACAGCAUUUGAUCCAAACUCGACGGUUUGCAGUGUACCUUUCAUAAAGUCGCAAACGGACUCUUUGAGUCCUGAAGGUCUUUCAGACCGAAGCGACCAGGGCGAAGCCCAUGACAGUUCAGUAAUUGUUUUAAGGGAUUCAACAGUUAAUGAAUCAUUAAAGGCUUCAUUAAUGAAAAUCAUUGAUUUUAACUCAUUCAUGAAUACAUAUAAUUCAUUCAUUAAUGUUUCAUAUGCUUCUAAAGAAGGUGAGCCAAAAACUAUCGAUAAAGCGGUGUAUGAAAUAAAAGCAUCAACGACGAAAUUGAAUUCGUUAACUUUUGACGGUGAUAGUUUCGUUAAUGACAUAACAUCGGGGAAAACAAUUUUAACGAAAGAAUAUUUAAAAUCUCAUGUUAGUGAGUUCGUUGAAAUUGAAAAAGAAGGUGGAAUUAAGUUCGAUCCACUGAAUUUCAUUUUCAGCUUAGCGAAUGCGGGUGUUAGUUUCGCUGAAUGGACAACUAUACAGAGUGAAAUAAAUGCAAUAUGGACGUUUUUGGGGUCAAAAGCGGGAAUGGGUGAGCUUGUAAAUGCUGCAAGAACAUUAGGUGAAACAGGAAAUUUUGUAGAUGGUUUUAAAAGACUUGUUUCAAAUGUUUUAACAAACACAAAGAAAUUAUUUAGAUAUACCGUACAUAACGGACGGAUUUUCGAACAGGUAGCAACAAACCCUCCGGUUAUGGCUGCGUUGAUGAUGGUUAGAGAUAUAAAACCACGUAACGACGGGAACGAAGAACAUGAACAACAGAGCCCAACGGGCUCAGAGCCACAUAGUGGCGAGGAUACUGGUCGGGUUAUUCAAGACAUUAAAAACGUGUAUCCUGAAGUUAUUGAUUUAUUUAGAGGAGUUAAUGAUUCAAUUUCAAAACAUUCUAUAACCCUCGAUGAAGAGAAUAAAUUAACAGAUUAUAUAUUCGUCAUUAUUGCAGAAUUAAUGAAGAGAAUAAAUGAAAAAGGAAUUGGUGAUAUCAUUAAUGUCAGCGAUGUAAUGAUGAAAAGAAAUUUUGACUCAUUAUUUACAAAACCGAAAACAGAAUAUAGUCUUUAUGACGUAAUUACCGAAUUAAUGAAAAAGAUUAAUGAUAAUAAGAGUUCUGGCGGAAGAGUUGAAUUAGAAGUGAAUGAUGUUAAUGAGAAAUUAGCCGAAAAAGCAGAUAAAAACCACGUUCAUUAUAUAACUUCAGACGAACAGAUUAUAACGGACUACCAUGGAUAUUUAACACGAAGUGAUGAAGCGAAGACAAAAAAUGUUAAUGAAAGAAGAUAUAAAUACAUUCGUGCUAAAGGU